AUGGUAACUAUAUUCAAGUCAUAUGGGUUGUGGACUCUGGUGGAGAAAGGAAUCACAAUUCCAAAUUUGAAGAAGAAGAAGUUAGCUGAAGAACUAUUAGCAAAACAAGAUGAUGAAAAGAUGGUUGCGAUCCUUAUGAAAGAUGCAAAAGCUCUGAGGAUGAUUCAAAAUGCAUUUUCCGAUCAGAUCUUCCCUCAUAUUGCCAAUAUAGAUUCAGCUAAGAUGAAAGCUAACUAUGCAAAUCAAGUGGGAGUAACAGGAAAUUUGUUUUAUGCCAAUAGUACCAUCUCUGAAACAGGUGUUAAUGGUGAGUGGUACAUAGACAGUGGCUGCAGCAAUCAUAUGACUGGGGAUAGAAAACUGCUAGCUGACAUAAGAAUAAAUGUAAUAGGCAAGGUACAAAUGCCAACUGGAGAGCUUGUAAAUGUAGUUGGAAGAUCUAAUCUGGUGAUUGACACUAGCAAAGUUAGAAAGUACAUCAAAGAAGUGAUGUACCUACCUAGGUUGAAGGAGAACUUGCUAAGUGUGGGACAGAUGGAUGAGCAUGGUUAUUAUCUGCUAUUUGGAGGCAAAAUGUGCAGUAUUUUUGACAAUGCUUAA